AGCAGGUAGUUUGUUACCUUCCGCAAAUGAGGUCUGGCUCUCACGUCGAACCUAAUCUAUAUAAAGUAACUGUCGAGUGCUUUUGAUUGCUUGACGUUAUUAUGGGGAGCAAGGCGAUCGGCCUCCUUUUGGGGAAGUGCGUGCCAUCGGUGAAAACCAACGCGUCCAAGAUCUGCGUGACGAAGCUAGAGUUGGACGAAAAUUUGCUCAUGUAUUUCAAGAAUUUGUCUUUCUUGUAUGCCGACGACCCUGGUCGAGUGUGCAAGACCGGUGAUAUCGUCCUCGUCGAAGAGCUGCCCCAGAAAAUGUCCAAACUGGUUACGCACCGGGUGAAGAAGGUCGUCUAUCCCAUGGGAGACGUGACGGACCCCAUCACAGGUGAGAAAGUCGUCUCGUCCACAUUCAGAAAAGACAUCGGAGAAAUAAGCCAGCUCGUAGGUAAAAAUGAGCAAUCAUUCGACUACGAUUCGGCCCCGGCCAGGGGUUGGCAAGAAGGGAAGAAAGACUUCACAAACAAGAAAACCUACAUCAAAUACCACGAAGUUCCAGGCCAAGAUGAUCCAUACGCUUUGUAGUCAACGUAUUCAUAAAAUCGUAAUGUAGUACUGUACAUAUGUUCAAACAGACUUUAUUGUUAUAUUCCUAAUAGUUUGUAUUAUUAUUUUAAUAUAAUGUUGUCUAACAUUGUUUUUAUUUACUUAAAA